AUGAUACAUAGGCCAGGUGGCGACACUGGUGGGCUACUCUUCGGCAGGCAUGGGUCAGCUGAUGCUAGUGGAUUUAGCGUAAGGCCUCGUGAUGGUGCUUGUCCUAAUGGAGGUGCUUUGAAGGACGCUAUUCGAGGCUUCCCACAAGGCAAGGGGAUCGCUAAGGGCGAUGAUUCGAAGUCGCAUCUCAUCCAUGGGAGACCAAGAUGGGGCAUGAUACAUAGGCCAGGUGGCGACACUGGUGGGCUACUCUUCAGCAGGCAUGGGUCAGCUGAUGCUAGUGGAUUUAGCGUAAGGCCUCGUGAUGGUGCUUGUCCUAAUGGAGGUGCUUUGAAGGACGCUAUUCGAGGCUUCCCACAAGGCAAGAGGAUCGCUAAGGGCGAUGAUUCGAAGUCGCAUCUCAUCCAUGGGAGACCAAGAUGGGGCGUGAUACAUAGGCCAGGUGGCGACACUGGUGGGCUACUCUUCAGCAGGCAUGGGUCAGCUGAUGCUAGUGGAUUUAGCGUAAGGCCUCGUGAUGGUGCUUGUCCUAAUGGAGGUGCUUUGAAGGACGCUAUUCGAGGCUUCCCACAAGGCAAGAGGAUCGCUAAGGGCGAUGAUUCGAAG